UGGACGAGUACUUCCUAUGUUCGUGGCAUAUCUAUGAAAAUGCUUUGAGGCACCUCUCUGAUGUGUUUGAACAACACAAAUCCUUCGCACAAGAUUUUAAAAGUUGUAUAUGUGGCAAUGAGACUGAAGAGGAAUUUCAAUUUUGUUGGGAUGCAUUAGUGAAAAAGUACAACUUGGCAGAGAAUAAAUGGAUACAGGAUUUAUACCUGCUCCGUGAGAAGUGGGCCCAAGUUUAUGGACAAGAAUACUUUUGUGCAGGUAUCACAAAUACCCAAAGAAGUGAAGGUAUGAACUUUGUUAAGAAGUAUUUCAAAAGGACUUUGACGUUACGGGAGUUUGUAGCUCAAUAUGAGAAGGCUGUUGCUAGUCGCCGAGAAAAGGAAAAGAACCAAGAUUCAGUUUCUAGGCAAACAAAACCAGAUUUAAGGAUUGCAUGGCCCGCAGUAGUACAAGCAGCAGAGAGAUACACAACCAAAAUAUUUACGUUAUUCCAAGAAGAGUAUGUUCGUACUUUAGAUUUGUUUGUAGAGUCACUUGGCGAAGAUGGGACAGUAUGCACAUAUAGAGUUUCAUCUUUUGAGAAUAUCAAGCCUCGGACUGUUACCUUUAACUCCUCUGACAAUUCAGUGAAGUGUAGCUGCAAGAAAUUCCAAAUUAUGGGGAUUUUAUGUGCUCAUGCUUUAAAAAUACUGCAUACUAGGCGGUUGCCUGAUCUUCCUCUGCAGUACUAUUUGAAUAGGUGGACCAGGGAUGCAAGAGCUGGUGCUGUAGUUGACGACUUUAGAAAGUCAUUACCUGUUAAUUGUCGCUCAUCCUUGACUUCCCGAUAUGCUGACUUGGCAUACAUGUCACUCACAAUUGCUGUUAAGGGAUCAAGCACUGAAAAUUCUUCUGGUUUUACUAAAGUAUUACUAGUGCAGGUGCUAGAAGAGCUAGAUAAUUUUCUAAAGUUUGACUCAGAUCAGGGAAGAUUCUUUGAAGAUAUGAGAAAUGCAAAUCAUGAAAAAGUGAGUAGAGAGCGUGUUGUCGAUCAUUCUUGUGCAGACACAGUGUUGCGCAAGAAAGCAAAGGAUAAAGCGAGUGGUAAAAUCAAGAGACCAUUAGGUAAGGGGAAAAAGAGAGAUAAUACACAACUACUGCCAACAGGUACCGAUGGACAAGUUGGGCAAGUGUCAGUUGGAGCAACUACGACUACGUCCGGGCCACUGCUGGUUUCUGUACCCUCGAGUGUCCCUUUUUACCCUGCCAGACCGUGGAAUUUACCUCAUUACUCCCAGGGAUCGAUCGAGCAAGUGGAGCAGGCUACCGUUACACAAUCUGAAAAUGAUAGCACUCAAUGUAGAAUAAUGUCAGGAGGAUGGAGUGGUCCACCUUUAUGCCCUAGUGAGAUGCUUCCACCAAAUGUCAUGGGGUGCCCAGAUACUUCUGAUCCUCAUCGUCUUUCUUUCCACGCAGCUGGACCUUCAACUUUGCCACAAAUGCCAUGUAUAUACCCGCACGUUUGUACUGAGGAAUCAAACAGACUGGUAGAUCAAACAAUGUUACAGGACGGAGCUGGUAGCAAUAACCAGUCAAACCAGGGAUUUAUUGGAUUCCUGAGUCAACGUUCUAACUCGCAUAGACUGUCAGAAUCGUCAAUGCCUCAACAUAUUUUAGAGCCACCUGCACCAUAGAUAAAAUGUUGUGUACACUGAGGUUGCCUACCGCAGCAGAGUGGAGGAUACAUACUGUAGGGGAGACGAACUCAAGUAACAUGCGCAUUGCACUCUCAAUAUUGCAGCUGAAGCUCAAAUAGAACAUCCUCUAGAUAGUAAGUAGUUCCUGCUUUAAGGUAAUAUGCAGUUCAGAAUAUAUCAUCAUCAUCAUCUUAACCUCUUUUUACUCUUUCUAAGCACCUCCACUGUAUACCAUAUGAAAAAACUGAACUGGUGAGCAGUGAAUUGUUGGAAAGUGCACUACCCCGCUGUAUCAUAUAGAAUUGAAAUUUGUGCACCCUCUAAAAAUCGGGGUGCAGAUUCCUCACCUUCUUAUUGGAUGGUGGGGUGAAAGUGAAAUAUUCUUUACUUGAUAAAUCAUG